UGACAUUUUUUACUGCAGGCAGACUAAACAAGCAUAAACACUUUAAUUUAGAUCAACCACAGGGACGGCACAGUCAAUUAAAAAAAAUAAAUAAUCUAAACUCGACUAAAAAUAUUUAGCCUGUAGAUUUUAAUUACUGCGUAUUAGAUCUAUAUCAAGACUAGAUUAGAUCUAAGGAUCUAGAUCUAGGAUUUAUGAUGUCAUUUUUUCUAAAAUCACGGAAAAGAAAGUCGGGCCAGAAGAAUCCAAAUGUAAACAAGAAGAAAGAUUUUCCAAGCAAAGUCAAUAAAGCACUUGAUGAAGAGGUUGAGAGUGAAUCUGAUGUGGACAGCAGCAAUGAGUUCACUGAGUCCAGAGACAAGUUGUAUAGUUCUGAAGAUGAGGAAGAAACUGCACAGCAAAAGAAAUUACGUUUAGCUAAAGAAUAUUUAUCUAAAUUGGAAGAGGAGGAGGCACAAAAAAAAGAGGAGGCUGAUGUAUUAAGAGAUGCUGUUGCAAGUCGACUUCAACAUGAUAUUUCUGAGCAAGCGGGCAAACUCACAAAAAAAGUAGCUGAUUUGUGUAUAUGUCCUAAAGUUGAAGAUCUGCGUAUAUUCAGAGGUCACAAGCUUCCAUUAACUGCUCUAGUUAUCUCCCCUGAUGACAAAUAUGUUUUUACAGCCAGCAAAGAUUGUAAUAUUUGUAAAUGGAAUCUAGAAACAGGCUUGAAAGAAAAAACAAUCAAAGGUGGAAGAAAGGGCACAGAAGAUGAGCAUAUUGGACACACUGACCACAUCUUGUGUUUAGCUAUUUCCUCUGAUGGAAAGUUUUUGGCUGCAGGGGAUAUGAAUAACAUGAUUAAAUUGUGGAACCCACAAGACUGUAGUUUUAUUCACAAGUUCAAAGGUCACAGAGGUCCUGUCACAGGUGUGUCCUUCAGAAAAGGCACUCAUACUCUGUACAGCUGUUCCUCUGAUAAGGUAGUUAAAGUCUGGAGUGUUGAUGAUCUAGCCUAUGUAGAAACACUAUUUGGCCACAAUUCACCAAUCACUGGCAUAGACAGUUUAGCCAGAGACAGGGCUAUCACAUCUGGAGGGAGAGAUAAAUCAGUGCAUAUUUGGAAAAUUACUGAAGACUCCCAGCUAUUGUUUCAUGGUCAUGAUGGCUCCAUAGAAUGUGUUGCAUUGAUCAGUGAAAGUAAUUUUGUUACUGGUGCAGAUGACAACUCUGUAAGUUUGUGGAGUGUUUUAAAGAAAAAACCACUAACAACAGUGAAGAAUGCUCACGGGGAGAGAAAUGGUCUAGGAGAUGAACAUUGGAUAGCCUCAGUAGCUGCUCUACAACAUACGGAUUUAGUGGCCUCAGGUUCUAAAGAUGGUAAUGUUCGUCUUUGGAAAUGUGGAGCUGAAUAUAGGACAUUAUCACCUUUAUUUAAUGUACCAGUGAAAGGUUUUGUGAACUGUUUGAAAUUUUCCAACAAAGGAGAUUUUUUGGUAGCAGCAGUUGGACAAGAGCAUCGGAUGGGCAGAUGGUGGCACCUUAAAGAUGCCAAAAAUGGAUGGGUUGUAAUACCCUUGAAAAGUAAUUCAAUUUAAACUUGCACAUUGUCAACUAUGUUUAUGUACAGAAUAAUACAAAUAUUGAGUCAUUAAAUUUCAUUGUUUUAAUUCA